GUCCAGGGCUUAUUAUAGAAAGAUGUUAUGCUGACCUCCCCACUGUCUUUGCAUUUGCUGCUUUGCUAAGAACAGAACAGAGGAUCUCAAUAUGGCAUUUACAGAAUGCCAAAAGGACCUUCUGGUGAUUUAUGAAAAUAGUGCAGAAGACUGGGCUAUUUAUAUGAGAGAGUUGCUGGAACCGAGUUUAAAUGCCAAUGGAAUAUCACUUUGCAACCUGGACUCUGAAACAGAUGAGAUGCUAGAAUCUCUUUAUCUUUGUGGAUAUCGAUGUAAAUUGCUACUGCUGACAAAUGUCCUGCUGGAAAACUUGAAGGAAAGACAAAGUUCUAAUUUUUGUCAGCUAUUGCAACCUUCAAGCAAUUUAGUUAUUUUACCUUGUGGCCUUGAAACAUUGGACGGAUUUUAUGAGCUGGUUCCUAUAGACAGAGAUUUACAAGUGCUGUUUACUGACCAAGAUCCCCAAGAUUAUGUCUCUGUUGUGCUAUGCAUUGUUCAUGAAGAUUAUGAAGAUUACCGGGAUUCAGAUAUAAAUUGCCUUCAAAAUUCUCCCAUGAAGGAUGAAGAUUUUGAGAGUCGAGAAACCACAGAGAAAACAAAUAGUAAAAUGCCUUCUGCUUUUGUGCUCCCACAAAAGAUUCCAUGUGAGAAUCCAGGGGAAAUAGUUAUUGUGCUAACAGAAGAAAUACCAACCACUUCAAAGGUAGAAAUUGAAUUCUGCAGAGAAAAUCAACUAAUUAGAAGACAAGCAACCCGGUGGAAUGGAAAAGUUAUGUCUCUCAAGGCUUUGGAGUUCCCUGCAGGGUCAGUUACUGUAAAUGUCUGCUGUGAUGAUGUUAUCAGAGCCAGCACAGAAAUUAAGUACUAUACACUGACUGGGGAACUGGAAGUGCUGCUUAGAAAAGUUGUUGAUCCUAUUGCUUUCAUUUGCCAGGCAUUUAAUGUCUAUUCUAUUGAAGAUCUUGAUAUGGUAUUGAUGAAAUCCCUACAAAUUAAGAUGUCUUCUCUUGAAUUUAACCUACAUGAAAUUAACCAAUGUACAAAUGCAAAUUUUGAAGAAAUACCCACCCUUCUUCACUGUGCAGCCAAGUUUGGACUCAAAGAGGUGACACUUUUACUAAUGGAGUGUCCUGGAGCAGAUCGUAUUUUAAAUAUAACUAAUAAAUAUGGAGAGGAUCCAGCUACAAUAGCUGACAGACAUGGCCAUGGAGAAAUUAAAGAAAUCAUCCAUCAACUGGCACAAAAGGUGAAUGCAAACAAGUUUGAUCCACAAGAAGGAAGUGAGUUUGAACAGGAAGAUGUUUAUGUUGGAAUGGAUGUACAUUCAGCUCAGCAUUCUGGGGAUGAAUCAGGUGACAACACCAUACAGGAAUCCCAUGAGAACCAAAACAGUGUGCCAGGUGUAAGCGCACACUCACAGCUCAUGCUGGACUACAAAGAAGAAGAUAACUAUGAUGAAGAAUUGAAUGUGAAUGAUGAUUACUGCUUUUCAUUUUCUGGUGGGUGUGAUUCAGCUGCCUUUGGGGAUGAGAACAGCAUAUUGCAAGAUCAACAGGACUGCCAAGGUAAAGAUGAUCAACUGUAUUUGGAUGACAAUGAUUAUGAAGAAAAGGCCAAUGACAAUAAAGAUGAGCUGCACUUACCACAUUUUGAACUUGCUGGCGAAAAUAUAUACACAAGUAUGCAACAAGAAAACGUAUCUGAAGAAGACAUCAUUAUGUACAAUGAAAGCUUUGCUGUCACAAUAUCUUCAUCUGAGAGCACUUCACAAACCUUUAACGAAGCAACAAAUGAAGAAAAUAUCCUGAACUUAAACAAAGAAAAAUCUGACAAUUUCUUCAGUAAUGACCACUUGCCAUUUGGUGAAUUGGAAUAUAAGUGUGACAUGAAUGAGAGUGAAAACAAAGAUGGAGAGGAACCAUAUAUCGUAACUUCCACUGAUGACAGCUUAUAUAUAACAUUUCAAGUUUCUGAAAAACAGAGAGAGCAACAAAGAACUUUCAGUCCAUACAGUCCUCUACCACCUGAACCAUCAUUUAAUGAAACAGAGGAGGAGGAGGAGGAGGAUGGUAAUGAUCAUGAUAAUGUAUCACAUAGUGCUCAAGGAGAAGAAAAAGAAUACAAUGAACAUGUCUCAUGGAGUGAGCAAGAGUGUGAACAUAAGGAGGAAGGAAGCUGGGAUGAAGAAGAACAAUAUAUAGUGGCAACUGAUGAUAGUUUGUACAUAAUAUUUGAAGCUGCUAGUAAAGAAACCCAAAGGGAACAACAAUCUUUCAAAUGGGCUGAUCCCAUACCUGAUAAGCCACCAUUACAUGUAGCAGAGGACAAUCCAUCAUUUAUUGAUGAAGAAAAAGAGGAAGGCAACAACAAGGAAUAUGCAUUCAAUGAGCACGUUUGUGAAGGAGGCAAUGUUAAAGAAGAUGAAGAGGAACCAUGUAUUACAGCUACUACUGAUGAUGAUUUGUAUAUUGUUUUUGAACCCAUGAAAAAAGAGCCACAAAGUGGACAGCAGUGCUUCAGUCAGCAUACCAACCAGCCGCCUGAUCUCUCAUUACAUUCAGCAGAAGAAUGUUCCUCACACUUUGCACAAGCAAGACAAACGAAAGAAAGCACCAAUCCGAACAUAUGGCUGGAUGAGCGCAUUGAUGAAAUGGAAUACAUUUAUUAUGAAGAAGAUCCAUAUAGCUUAGUGUACAGCGAUGACGACAGCUUAUACAUUGAACUUCCUAUGGAAUCUACAGAAGAGCCCAAAAGAGAGAAAAAAUCUUUUAUUAUCCACAGAGCUCCAGCCCCAGCACCUCGUGUAGAUGUUCCAGCUCCAGAAAAUGAACCGUCAUACAUUUCUCAAGUGUUUAAACAAAAGCAAGAAGAGAAGAAGAUAUAUGGAACUGGCAUGCCACAAGGGUUGCAACUAAAAGACGAGGAUAAAAAUGUGUACAGCUUUCCUCCAAGGUUUCAACCACGAGAACAGGAAAAGAAAAUGUAUGCCACAGUUCCACCAAAACAUAAAGACAAACAGCAAGCAAAUUACGAGGGUCCCGUUAUUUCACAACAAUGUGUACCCUCUGGGCAAGAGGAGUUGAUAUUACUUCAAGAGAAGGUGAAGCUGGGUGUUAUGAGCAUGGAUGAAGCCCUUGAAAAAUUUCAGCAAUGGCAAAAUGAAAAGAGUGAAUUAGAUCGUCUGCAAAAGGAGAAACUACAACAGCUACGUGACAGUAUUAUUGGGGAUAAGACAGAAGAUGAUCGAUUAUAUGAUAAAAUUACUAUUGUCCAUCAACCAAAUGUUUCAGACGCUCAUAUGAAGAGAGGUCAUGGCGCUUUUGACAACAGCAUUUACCAAACACCAUUUACUCCCUCAACACCCUACGCGGCUGCGAAAAAAGACAUUUAUGCUCCAUCUAAACACCACACAAAAUAAUGCAUGGUUCUUCUGAAGAAGGAUCAUCUCCUGUCACCUACUCUGAAAAGACGGAUAUCAUUUGAACCCUUAAUCCUAUAUGCCAGAUGUCUACAUGGAUAGAGGGCCACCAUAAACAUACCAAUAAUUAUAUACAAUAAUAUUGGUACUUCUAUAUUCAGCUUUUUUAGGUCUAAUUACCAACCAAACCAUUUUUUAAAUCUGGAAAAUCUCAAGUUGUCUGAAAACACUUAGGGGCAGAUUUAUCAAGGGUCGAAUUUCGAUGUAAAAAAUAGUUCGAAAUUUGACCAUCGCAUU